CAUCCGUCCGUUUCCAUGGAAGCCCCUGUAACACCUGAAUAGCUCACACGCACUAGAAAUAAAACGCAAAGGUCCUAGAAAUGAGCGACUGAGGCGUGUGCAAGCAUCGUGUCCGUGUUUCCCGGCAGCAGCAGCAGCAGCAGCAGCAGCACCAUGAACCGUCUGAGCGCCGCCGUGCCCGCGGAGCAGUACCUCGCGGACAGCCACGUCCUGUUCUACCUGAGCGACGCAGUGACCCAGCUGCUGGAGCACAAGGAGGAGUACACCCAGUUUGGCCUGAUCCGAUACUUUGCAGAAUAUUUCAGCAGUGUGAAGAACAGCAACCACGUCCUCUUCAGGGAGUAUAACUACAUCCAGGCCACUCCGCACAACAAAGCGUCUUUCAUCAGAGUCUUCUGGAGAUGCUUCAGGCAGAUUGGCAAAAGUGGAGACUCUCUGUCCGUGCUGGAGUACCGGUCCCUGCUGCAGUUACUGUGUCCGGACUUCCCCGUGGAGGUGGUGCAGAGUGCAGCCAGAAUUGUUCUGAUGGAUGACACCACGGACUGUUUGAUGUCAUUCUCUGACUUCAUUUAUGCCUUCCAGCUGCAGUUCUAUUACAAAGAGUUCUUGGAGAGUGUUCUGGGGAUCUACCAGGACCUGUUAGCUGGGAAGAGUCCCAACACGGUCUUCGUCCCAACAUCGGCCUCCGUGGAGCAGAUGCUGCCUCUGGCAGCAGAGGAGAAUGAAAAGGAAGAGCCACAGCAAGAUGAGGUGGAGGCGUCCACUCUGGCCCAGUGUGUGGAGACGCUCUGCGACCGGUUCAAGCACAGUCAUCCGUCCAGGGCAUGUAUGAGGGAAAUCCUGCAGCAGGCUGACAAGAUCUCUUACUACAGCUUCCUCAUGAGUCUUUCCAAACAUGAGGCCAUCAACCAAACUAUCGGAGCAUUACCCAGUAAGACGGAGCUGCUCAUUGACCCUGAGAUGGACCAGGAACUAGACAAACUAAUCGCUCAGAUCUCUGUGAGUCCUGGUAGCAACAGCAGCGGCAGCGCAGUGGGGGCGCUGAAGGAGGUGCCGAGGAGAGCGUCUCCCCGGAGGAACAUCCACCACCGCAGGAGGAUGGAGGUGGAGAGCGACGGCUCCAACGAAGAGACCGACUCCUCUGAGAACUGAUGACUGCCCCCCCCAGUGAGACAUCUCUCUAUGGCUGUUUUUGGGGGGUUGGCAGUCUCUAAACCGUGUUUUUAUGUGUUAUAAUUAUUCUUCGUUUGGUACAAGUAUACACUUGGAACUAAUUAUCAGUUGUUAAACUUCUUAUCGAUACCAAAUGUCUAUAAAAGACUUAAAGGAGUGAGCAUCCUGCAGGUUCCUGCACCAACAGCUCCAAUAAGAAUUGAUGGAAAUUCAUCCUCGUUAACAAGUUGCAACAUUUUGGUAUCACUAACUGGGAAGAGGGGGGGGGGAGGCUAAUGCAAGAAAAAGAAAAUCCAGUUUCCACGAAGUUUGACAGAGCGCAGACGCGACUGUCUGAGCAGCUUUAUUCAUUAUCUUCAGCAGAUUUAUGAGGAGCCGUUUUUCAUUUGAUACAAUUUUUUUAGAGGAAAACUUUGGUUUCAUAGCAGAAUAUUUCUGUUUGGGGCCUGUACUUGACUUCCCACUACAAUGCAGUCAUACUCAAACUAUCAUCUGCAAGUAAGAUUUAUACAAUAUUGAAGAUGGAAUAUAUCCCUUAUUUAAGACCAACAACCAUGACAGUGAGCCAGAACAUCAAAAAUUAAUAUAAAACUACUUUGAUUAUUGAUAUUGUUUAUUUUAGCCACAUGUGUGUGUUGCUCAUGUUUUCAUCGGGUCAGAACCACGUUUUAAGUUUGUUUGUGCUGUGAAGACCAUUUUGAGAAAAUAUUUGAAUGUUAUUUAUUAUCUUGCUCACUGAUUUGUGCAGCUGAAGAACAAACUGCUGAUAAUGAGGCUGUAAUACGAGGACUACUAUUGUCAUGUUGGAGAAUCAGCCUUCACACCAUCACAUGACAUCGGAAGAUCAAAUAAACAUCACACCAUUCAAGUAGUUUCCACCUAUUUAGUGCAUUUUGCGUAAAAUGUUAAAGUCAAGAACGUGGUGGAAUUAUUUAGCAAAAAUGCAUCAUGACUUUUCCCAACAAGCUUCACUUUUAAAUCCUCUUUGUAAAAACUCUUAAGUAUCAUCUCUGAUGUACUCGUGUCCAGAAGUGGAGGGUUUAAAUCAGUGAUCAUCAAAUGACAAAAGCUUCAACAUUCGGUAGCCAAACAAUAAUCAUGUUUAAACUGGCCUUUGGAAGAGCAACCAAACUGUUUAUAUGUAUUUAUUACUCAUUUUCACUGACAUAUGAGUGCAGCGAAGCUUGAAAUGUGAAAUAAAUGUGUGCACUUUAUACAGAAUUACUUGAAUGCCACAAAAAAAAGAAAUAUAUUGAGAUUAAUUAAGAUCUUAAUAUUUUACUGAAGGACGACGAGACCACGAGAGCUAAAUGAUGCUUCCUAAAAGAAGUCAACUACUAACUGCUUUUUCAUAAAAAAGUCAUUUGUUCUGCUUUAGUGUUGCUGUUAAUAAAAGAAGCCUCUGCGGACGUGAACCAUGCAUGCUCAGUCUGGACCACCUGCCACCAACCAGAGGAAAAUAAGUUCCCAAGUUAGACGAGACACACGACAGAAUAAAAUCCGGGUGUCUGCCAGAUGGAGCUUUGUAGGCGUAGGGCUAUGCAGUGAGAAAAUAAAUCCACGCCAGAACAGAAAUGUUCAGGGGCUUCAGAGGCUGCACAACAGAGCUGACCUUCGUCAUCCGUUUGUUGGGUUUCUCUUCGUCACAACUUCUGCUGCUUUUGCACCAAAAACGACUACAGAUCAAAUUUAGUCGACAGUGAUCUUUACAUUUGAUCUUGUUGAUGAUGUAAAUUCCCCUCUCACAGCACUAAAUUCAAGCAUGAACGUAAAAUGAGUAUUAUUGUUUUAUGUUUUUUUAAUUUAAUUUAAAACAACUGUCUUUGUUUUCCUCUUCGUGUCCAGUUUUUAUUUUCUUUGUUUCCUUUUAAUAACCUCUUUAGAUUCAAAUGUUAUGUGUUGUUGGUUAAAUUGUUCAGACUUUUGGGUUCCUGCUGUCAUUCAGAUUUUAUUGUUGAACAGGAUUGAAUGAAAUUUGAUUAAGUAACAAAAAUGCCUGAAAUAUUAAAGCUGAACCACAACAAGCCUUGCUUCCUCUUUGUCCCACUGAACAAAUGUAUGAACGGAGCUGAUAGAUUAAUGUUUAUUGUGGCAGAUGAAACUGAACAUGUGAAUGUGACCUGAUGAGACUACUAUUAACACUGAAUAAUAAAGAUGUAACCGUAAGAUCUAAGAUUUGUCUUUCUGUAUUUGUGGGAUAUUAACAACCCAAAACAAUAUAAAUAAAAAUAAGUUAUUU